AUGUUCGACACUAUCAAGAGUUGGUUCCAGUCCACCCAUGAACCCGUGGCUGAGAAUAAGUGGGACGCCAAUACGGUGACCAUGCGACAGCCGAACAGCCCUACGGCUAUGCACACCGUAUCUGACCAGCCAGAAUCUCCCGAGCCUAUGGGCGUUCAUAUGCGUGGCGGUGACAUGGGUGAAGACGUCUGUUGUGGCUUGUAA